AUGGCCAAGACGGCUCCGCGCACUGUGCUUAUCACCGGCUGCUCCUCGGGCAUCGGGCUGCGCAUGGCUGUGCAACUGGCACAGGACCCAAGCAAGCGAUUUCACGGUGAGACUGGGGCAUCCGCUAAGGGGGUUGGCGUGGAACUUGCUCGGGGGAGGAUUGUGUGCUCUUUUUGGAAUUCUGAAACUCUGGUGUGGGACCUCUUGCAGAGGAGCAAACCCACAUGGAGGAAAUGGGGUACCCACAAAGCUCUGCGCUGUUCAGCCCUGCAACUUGCAGGAAGGGACUGUGGAACCAGGGAGGGUGAUAAUCAGAGAGUUAAAAGAAUGCAGCAUGCUCUGGUUUUCUCCCUUGAGCCAGCCAUUAUUCUCAGGGCUCUGUUAUGGUCUGGCAGCUAGAGCAUGCCGUCACACCCACCCUGGCAUCUUCACGCCCAGGGAAUGUGCCUGCCUGUGCUGCCCACCCAAUCGGACGUCCCUUCGGUAUUGCAGGAACUUUGCUAUAUUCUCUGCCUGUUUCCCAGGAUUUCCCCCCAGCAGCUACACUUCCAGCCACCAACUCCUUUGCCCACUUCCCACCUCCACCUCCAAAUCUCCCCCAACCCACUGCUGCCCUAUUUUCCACAGGCUAAGCAGAAACAAGCCAUUACUCUUUGCCCAGCAGUUUGGCUGGACCCAGACACUGUCCAAAGGCCACUUGCAUAACAAACUACACAUGACAUGGGGGUAAGAAUGUUAUCAAAGCCCAGCUCUUCUCUGCCCCCCACCCCUCUCCAUUCCAGUCCCACCUACUUUGCUCUGCUUGCCAUGGGAGGCAGAAUCCUAAUGAGAAGCCUCAUGCUGCUCACACAGUCCAGAGUUAAGUAACUAGAUCAGGAAGGUGCUGAGUCCAAAGGGCAUUAGGUAGAGAGUGAUCUGUUAGGUAAGGCACAACGGACUGACAUACCUUUGUAUGUGCACAAACACCAGAUAUGCGCAGCAACGCAAACACUUGUGUGUUCAACAGAAGACACAAACAUUGUUUGCCCAGUAUGCACAGCUUUCCAAAACCACACGGCUUCUCUCUCUCUCUCUCUCUCUCUCUCUCUCUCUCACACACACACACACACACACACACUGCAUGCACCACAUUUGGGCAUCUACAACAUGUCCCACUGGCAGAAAUGUCACAAGGACAGACUUGCUAGAUCAGGCUAAAACAUUCAUCUAGUCCAGCAUACUGUUUAUAGAAGCAGCCAGUCUGGUGUUUCUGGAAGCUCAGUAAAAGGGGCAGGGCAGGAAUGAUCAUCCUCUUCUUGUCCAUCCCCCCAAAUCUAUAUUCUAAAGUCCACUGCUCCUAUACAUGUAGGUUCCAUUUUGAUAUCAUGGGCAAUAGACAUUAACAGACCUAUUCCCGCCUCCCCGUGAGUUUGAACAAGCCUUUGUUAAGGCCAUCUAAACUGGUGACAGUCACCUCAUACAUCAGGCACAACAAGAAAAGUAUCACAUGUGGUCACAGUGAGUCAACACAGCCUGCAAUCGCACUGCACGUAUAUAAACACACUGUGGCACUUGCUCCCCAGACUGAAAAACCUUAUGAAACGCUCACAUUUCCGAUUGCAAAUACAAUCACAAAUACCAUUACCAAAAGAGUCUAGAGUUCUUUGCUAAUUCCCUUUCCCCCCUUACAUUCUGUGACAACAGAGAAAUGCUCUAUUGUAUUAAAUUACAUGUGUGGAGGAUAUUAGCUCCCCUCACCCCAGUCUCUCUUAGCUAUUGGAAUACAGGAGGGAGAAGAGUAGGAUUUUAAAGGAUAUUAGUAGGAGACAGAUUGCUGGGGCAGGUGAUUGGAGCCUUUGAAAAGGAAAGAGGAAGGUGGGCAAGGUAGAUUAAGAAAGCUUCAUCUGGAUAGCCUGAUUACAACAUUUAAAGCUGUUUGUCUACAAUUGUGGGGUCUAGAAACUUGAUUUAAAAAAAAAUAAAACCAAUCCACCUGAAUUGAGCACCGUAGGCCUCUGCUAUGCAGGAUGCUGCUUGAAACCAAACAAGAAACUUUAGCCCUUUGCAAUUUGAGGCCAGACUGAGAGAGAGCACAAAGAAUCCUCACCUGCCAGCAUAAAGCAAAGCUAUGAAUCAGGGUGUCAGCCUUGCAGCUUCCUUCCCCAUGAACAACCCUCCCUUGACCUCCCUUGCCUCAUCUGCAAUGUGGAACAGGAUCAGGCCUCACACCAGGUCAGGCUAUUUGUUCAUCUAACACAGUAUUCUCUCUGCUCUUACUGGCAGCAGAUUCCAGAGUCACAGGGAGACAUUUUGCAUCCUUCACAUCUGUUUACCUGGUCCUUUAAAAACAAAACAAAAACUAGAGAUGCCAGGGACUGAAAUGGAGAAUUUCUGAAUCCAAAGCAUUGCUCUGUCCCUGGGCUAUAUCCCCUCCCCAAAGGGGUCUUAGCUGAGGGCAAUGCCCAGUAUGUCCUUGACCACCAAACUGCCAAACUUUGGGUGGUGGGUAAUAACACUAACCUACCUUGCAAGUUUGAUGUAAGGAUUACUGUGACUGGGUUGAUGCAUGCAUUUUGAACCCCCUGGAUGUGUUAUCUAAAUGCUAAGUAUUAUACAGUUGUGUGCUGCGGCAUAUUUAGACCCGGGUUUGGGGGCCUGUGGGCUCUCCAGGAGCUAUUCGACACCCAAGAGCUUUGGAUGGUUCUGGAGGGUUCUCUGCCCUUUAUAUAUGCUAAGUGCUCUUGUUACAUAACUCCCCAUCCAUGGUGUGUCUGUGUGUUUUGUGGUUGAUAUUCAUUAUCCUCAUCAUUAUUUCUCAAAGAGAGGCACGCACAAAACCACAUGUAUAAAACCCAAGCAUAAGCAUAGAAAAACAUAAGUGCACACACAUGUUGCUAGUAGUCUUGGCAACAAAGUAUUCCUCUCUCUCCCCCCCCACCUUCCCUCCAAAGAGGGGAUUAACGACAGAGGGAUUUAGCAUCAUGACCCCAAAGCGGCUUACAAUGCAUGAAUCCUCAAUUGCCCUUCUGACCCCUAGCAAAAAAGCUCACAUUCCCUACCUCUAAGCCAGCCAAUUGGCUCCCUGGGCCACGCAGGUGUCAGGCUAUGUAACAGCAAACUGACUUUGAGGAGGCGGGGGAGCAUGUCUAUGAGCUACUAGACCCCCCUCCCCCUCUCUGAGUUCUUUCUGAACUGGAGAAGCUUCAGGGUUCCUGACCCACUCUUCUCAAGAUGUUCAGUUUUCAUUAAAAUGCAUUCAAGUCUCUAGUCCUUGUAGGGAUCUGAUUAAAUGCAUACAGGCUUUUUUCCACACGAUUGCUCAGUAAAAAGCAAACCUGCUGCUGGUUUUCAGUGCUCUGUCCUAUGAAUGCAAAGCUCUUGGAUACACACACACACACACACACACACACACACACACACUUGAAAAUACUAAUUUAAACCUGUGGGGUUAGAUGUAUAUUACUAUGCACACUUUGGCAGUUUUUCAUGGACAUGAUGCCCCUCCAGUCUACUCUGAAUGCAUCUCAGCACCACAGAACAUUUGGCUAUGCUCCUGUGCGCUGUCUCCCUUCCAGUCAUUGCCACCAUGCGCGACCUGCGCAAGAAGGACAAGCUGGAGGCAGCUGCUGGGGACACACUCAACAAGACCCUCAGCAUCCAGCGCCUUGAUGUCUGCAAUGAUGAGUCUGUGGCUGAGUGCAUCAACAGCCUUCCUGAGAAACGACUGGAUGUUCUGGGUAAGGUGCAGCCAGGAGGAACUCCUUUAUCCUAUGGCAGGGGUGGUCAACUCCUGAGGGACUUCCAGAAUUAAAAUCUGGCAGUGAUCUACCCCCCUUUUUAGGGGUUCAGGUCAAAGUUGAUGAGCUUUUCUUAGAGGUGGGGGUUCCGUUUUGGGGGCGGGGAGACUUUGGUCGCUCACCAAAACAGCGCUGUGGAAGCAUUUUGCCUCACAGCUCAAGAGAAAAUCCAGACAGGGGAGAGCGAGCGGCGCCAGGUGCUCUUAGGCAAAAAGCAAAGGAAAAUGAGCCCGCGAUGGACAGCGAUCUGCUGUGGUGAGGAAAGGGAGGUGCGAAAUUCAGCAGAGGGUGCUUUCUACUCUAUUAAGCGCAUUCCCCACCACAUCUUCUCUCCUGAAGCUUAAUUACUCGUGCAGGUUUCAUAAGCAGGUUUUAUUCAGCUCUUGAAGGGCAGGCAUUUUCUCUGCCCAAGAGAAAGACGGGAGAAGCCCCUAUGGUAGGCAGGAGUUGCCUUCUCUGCAGCUUUCAUCCUCAAGGGGGAGAUUGUCUGCCACACACUUACAAAGAAGAAAGCAAAGGGGCAUGCUGCGGGGAGGAGGCUAAAUAUGUUCCCUGCCCUUGGUGCCCCCCCUCCCACCAACCGCUGAGAAUCCAGCCUGCUCCUUUCUGCGCAUGCCCCCCUCCCCGUCAUUGGUUCUCCCUCUUGGUCACUCUAGAGCAGGGGCUGUGGGAGCUUCAUCAGCCUGGGGGCCACAUUCCCCUGGAGAGAACCUUCUGAGGGGCGUAUGAAUGUGGUGGGUGGAGCUGGAGGCAAAAAAUGGGCAGAGCAAGGAACAUGAUCCUUAUCUUUGUACCUUAGGCUGCAUUCAAGACACAUGGAAACCAAAGCCACAUGCACACACAGCUCCAUCCUUCACUCAGGGAGCAAACUAUACUAUCACAGCUCAGGGACACAUUCCAACUAAGCAAUAAAAGCGUAAAUUAACUGCAGUUGAUCUAGUUUGUAGAUCAGGGUGCUCAAUCCACUAUCCUACUAAAAUAGCUUAUUGUUUUUGUUUCUGUUUCCAAUUUUUACAUGUUGGUUUGUGUUUUCAGUUCAAUGUGCUCAGGACCUCUCUCAGAUCCUUAAAUGUGUAUGUUUCACAAGCACAGAAACUACUUUCAAGUGAGGUAAAACAAUGAGUAGAUAAUGGUGCCCAUAGCCUUGUUUCCAAGGAGAGUCAAAAUCCAGGGAGCUGUUUUAUUUAUUAGAUAAACAGGCAGGCAUGCGCACGCACACGCGCACACACACACACACAGAGCACAUGGCAUAAUGUGGCACCUAGUUUAUGAGAAUGUACUAAAAUAGGCUGACAGCCACAGUGUAGGACUUCCUUUGUGCGAAUCUGUCACAAACAAUGGUAAAACCUGAGAGCUCUGUUACCUCUGUUACCUGAGAGCACUGCCAGAAUAAGAAGGGUCUAUCUAUUAUCCUGGUGCUGUGGCAAAUGGUGUCAUUGCCCUCAAUGACAUCCCCCUCUGCUACACUACAGGUAGAAAAGCUGCAAAGGAAGUCUGAGAGGCUCCUACGGGGCUGUGAUAUAUCAGCAGCAAAUUCACACACUCUCUCUCUGUCCAAAAUGGGCCCUCUGUCAUCCGUCAUGGCCUAGUCCCUUUUGUCAUGUCUAAGAAGAGUGGGGUGCAUUGUAUUUGGGGUUGCUAGGUACAGCUGUGAUGAUGAGAUGCUGUGGUUGCCUAGCAACCACAAUGUUUCCCAUGGGGAAAGCCCAUUUUGUAUACCAAGUACAUGCUUGGGAUACUAAUUGUCCCAGGCUCUAUCCCUUGUCCUCAGGCCUAACAAAGUGUCCACAACAGAGGUAGAGCACUCACACAUCUAUCUCUAACAUCCCUUCCCCAACCUGGUGCCCCCCCAUAUUGUCAUUAUCUCUGACUGCUGGCCAUGCUGGCAGGGACUCGUGGAAGUUGUAGUCCAAAACAGCUGGAGGACGUAAUGUUGGGCUAAUCCACAGGAAGAAAUGACAGCCAUUGAUUGAGCACUGCAGGGGGGCAGGGGAAGAGCUCCUGUUAGGAGGAGAAUAUGGAGAGGCAUGAUGAAACCAGGGGUGGAAAUAAAGUGGGGACUUCCAUUCCUGUCCAGACAAGGCUCUGGCAGGAUGGGAAGCUAUGCUGGCAGGAGAUUAUUGGAACACAGAUAUUUCUUAAUAUCAUAAUUUAUGUUCCCUAGUGAACAAUGCCGGUGUGGGGCUCGUUGGGCCUGUAGAGUCCAUUUCUAUCGAUGACAUGAAGCGCAUCUUUGAGACCAACUUCUUUGGUGCCAUCCGCAUGAUCAAAGCAGUUCUCCCUGAAAUGAAGCAAAGACAGAGAGGACACAUUGUAGUGAUCAGCAGCGUCAUGGGAUUGCAAGGUAUGAACGGAAUAGGGAGGGCAGGAGGAAGCAGAGCAAAGAUAUCCAAACUGAUACAACCUCAAAGCCUUGGCUUAGCUCUGUACCUCUGUAGCCAAAGAGACCUCAUGGCCCCACAGAUCAGGUCUUCCUCCUUGCAAUCCCCAGGAAGAGGAAGGCAAGAAGCUGCAGUGGCUGCAAGAGGAUGACAACCAUAACAGUGAGAAAGAGUUUCUCCCCAUAGUCCCCAGUCCCUCCACCACCACUGCGAGCCAUCUCCACCACAGCUGCUCAUCUUCCUCUUCGUGGGGCGAGCAAGGAGGUGGGCUGGUCAAGUUGAAGGCUAGGGCAAAAUUUGUAUAGCUGGCUCUGGCCUUACCAUUUCUGUUUUAUCAAUAAUGUAGCAACCUGUGGAGCAGUGUGCUAUGACGAUAUGCUCACCUCAAAUCCCUUCUGCUUUCCAACCAGGUGUCCCCUUCAAUGAUGUGUAUGCUGCCUCCAAGUUUGCCAUGGAAGGUUUCUGUGAAAGCCUAGCUGUGCAACUCCUCAAAUUCAACAUUUUGUGAGUUGAGUGAGCGACAUGGGGGCAGAUCUCAAAGAGCUUAAAUUCUUCUACCCAAUUUAGUGAAACUGGAAGGGAUUUGCACAAGCAACGUCCUUCCCCGAAACAUCAGGGAAAGGUACACUCAGAUAGAAACAGAGAUGAGCCCAGUUCACACACCAUAUUAAAUCACAGUUUAAAACAAAGAUGACACCCCCUGGAUCAGGCCAAUGGCCCAUCUAGUCCAGCACCCUGUUGAGUCUUACGCUGAGGUCUGUCUGUUUUUGCUAUUUUGCACUUUUGUUUUUGUGGGUCUUUUUGUGUGUGACUGUAUGGAACCCAGUUCAGCUACUGAUUGAUUGUGUGACUGCAGUACAUUGUUUAUUGCUUUCAUUUUAUGGAUCAAUGGUCUCGUUAUGCUGUAAACAAAAAUUGCCCUUUUCCCUUAUGGGGUAUCCAAGAGCCCAUAUAGAGUCCUUACAUAGAUAGUAAAAUUCAUGUUAAAUUGCUGUUUUAGGGGUUGUUUUUAAAAGUCUGGAAUGGAUUCGUCCAUUUUGCAUUACUUUCUAUGGGAAAGUACGCCUUGGUUUUGGAACACUUUGGUUUUGGAACGGACUUCCGGAAUGGAUUAUGUUUGAAAACCAAGGUACCACUGUAUAUAUAAAUAAUGGAUCUCAUGUUGAUCUCAAUGGCAGAGCUAAGUCCCAUUCAUGGAGGCCUUUAUAUAUCUAAAAUGAACAUUAAUUCAAGGAAAUUUCCCUGGGGCAAUUAAGCAGGGAAGGGCACAGGGGCCCUGGCCAUUUCCUUCCAACUUUAGGCAUCUGAUGGGAAGAUCCCAAGCCCAAAUGCUGCCUCAUUUUCUCUCUCUUGCUCUCUUUCAAUCCCUCUUCUACACAGCAUCUCCAUGGUAGAGCCCGGUCCAGUCAACACAGAAUUUGAGAUGAAACUGAUGGAGGAAGUGGCCCGUUCUGAGUUCCCGGGAGCCGAUGCUGCCACCGUGCGGUACUUCAAGGAGGUCUAUCUUCCGGCCUCCCAUGAGAUAUUCACCACCAUGGGCCAGACCCCUGAGUAUGUGGCUAAGGUAGGGGUCACCCUCAUGAGUGACGUAGGAAAGCUUUAAAGCCAGUAGUUCUUCUACAGCCUCCCUGACAGAUUUCACCUCACCAGACUGAGUUGUUUGCAUAAAACAAAGCAGGAACUGGCCUCUUCCAUUGUUCCACACUGGCAUCCAUUGGUCCCGAGAGCCAGUGUGGUGUAGUGGUUAAGAGCGGUAGUCUCGUAAUCUGGGGAACCGGGUUUGAGUCUCCGCUCCUCCACAUGCAGCUGCUGGGUGACCUUGGGCCAGUCACACUUCUUUGAAGUCUCUCAGCCCCAUUCACCUCACAGAGUGUUUGUUGUGGGGGAGGAAGGGAAAGGAGAAUGUUAGCCACUUUGAAACUCCUUAAAGGGAGUGAAAGGCGGGAUAUCAAAUCCAAACUCCUCCUCUUCUUCUUCUUCUUCUUCUUCUUCUUCUUCUUCUUCUUCUCUAGCCUGCUGUCAGGAAUCCAGCACAGGGAGCGUAGUUAAGUAGAAAUAGUGAUUUAUUGACCAAGUACACAGAUAACGCCAGACGGCAUUAACCCAGCUGCCGCCAUCAUGAAUUGCGAUGACUCUUGUGCUGAGUCCCUCUCCUUCCUCCAACUUAAAUGGGAUUUCUGACCCUGAAGUUUCUGCUUCCGCCUCCUAUCACACACCCUCCCCCAGUGGGACUCCCUCCGUGGGCUCAUUGGAUCCCCUCCAACUUCUUCCUGAGCCGGCAAAGAGAGGGCGAGCCCCCUCCGUGCCGGCCCUAAAUAGCCCAGGCCACGCCCCCCCAGUCAGCCGAUUGGCUGGCUGGGGGGGCAGACCCGGCCGGGAUUCCCGUUCUCGCGGGGGCUGAAACCAGCCCCCGCUCACGUGGGGUGGGCGUGAAGCCCGCAACCCCACCUCCUGGGCAAGCCGGAAGUGGCUCUGUCAAUCUUCUCUUCCUCUCCUUUUCCCUCCCCUUGAGAGACCUGGGGAGAUCCUAGUUCCCUUGGCAACCUGCAUUCCUGAGGGUGGGGAAGUUGGUGCUCAGCUAGGCUCCUCUCUUCUGAUAGUUAACCCUCUCUCUUCCUGCCUACUUCCUCCACUGAAAGCUGGCUGGGCUGGCUCAGUCGUGAUACCUGCUCUGUCCUGUAAUGCAUACUCAGACCCAGGGCCAGCUCUACCAUUUGACAGAGUGAGGCAGCUGCCUCAGGUGGCAAAUGCUGAAUGGUGGGGAGUGAUGGCAAGGUGUUGGGAGGACAGAGCUGUGCAGGCCACACAUGGCCUUCCCUGUCCCACUCAGUUCCCCUGUUCCCGUCAGAUGCAGUGGAGGAUGUUGUCCUGCUACUAGUGUUGAAGUUGAGAUUCAACCACCAGUCCACCUGACUUCUGUACAUGGAAUUGGGAGGAGCAUCAUCUUCUUCUUUACCUCAGACAGCAAAAUGCCUUGAUCCAGCUCAGGCUACUAUUUGCUUCUUUUAAACUUUAUUUCUCACUUUUCACCAUGUAAGUCUCAAAGUGACAUACUACGAUAAAAUACAGAACAUACAGGAUUUAAAACAUGAAUUAAGCUUCCAGAAAUUUAAACCUCAUAAUUUAAAAUAUAUUUUUAAUAAGUUUUGUUUUUUAAAUCAUCCAAGAAGCAUUCAGGGUGCAAAGGCAUCCAGAAAUAAACUGGGUUUGACCAAGCAUAUGAAACUCAGUAGGGACGGUGCCUGUUUAACUUCUUGUGGGAGAGAGUUGCAAUCAAACAGGUCAGCUUGGGACAUCAUGGCCUCCAUGACAACCCUGAGGCUGCGUCAGUAUAUCAGCCACUCCCUCAACCUCAUCUUUGCCACAGAGCAGACCUUGAUGGCUGGGGCAGGGUGGGGAGCUGCUUGCUUUGAAUCAGUUGCCGUGGCCACACAAUUUGGGCUGGUAAGGUUUGGGCUGCCUGCUCCCCUGUGCAAAGGUGAUGGAACCACUAAGAUGGUCCACCCUGAGACUGAUGGAACCUGCUGGAUUCUUGCAUGGCCUGGGGGAUUUUCUGGCUGACACGGACAGUGCUCCUGUUGAUGCUCUUGCCUCACUGUGGAACAAUGAGGUGUCAAAGGCAGUAUCCUUCUGACUACCAACUGCUAGGGAUCAUGGGGGGGGGGGGGUUAUAGUGCUCAUGCACUGCUUGUGAGCUAGCCACCACAAGAGCAAAAUGCUGGACUCAAUAUGCCAGGAUUCCUCUUCCUUUUAUGUAAUGGAAAGGCACCUCCCCAAAAGUCCAUGAAAAAAUAACAACAGUUGCCUAUUGCUGUCUAGCACCGGCCUCUCCUGCACACACUGUGAGAAUCACUGCUUCAAAAUCAAGGAAGACCAAACACGUGAAAGCAGCAGUUGUUAGGAUGGGGAUGUGAAGGAGCUGUAUCAAAAUACCAACCUCUUUCCACCUUGCCUUCCUUCAGGCUGUUGUGAACGUCAUCGCCAAGGAGCGUCCUCCUUUCCGGACACAGACGAACACCCUAUACACGCCGCUGGUGGCCCUGAAGUAUGCGGACACCUCAGGGGAUCUGUCCGUUGGCACCUACUACAACCUGCUUUUUCGCUUCACAGGCAUCUUCCACCUCAGCAUGAGCUUCCUCAAAUGCAUCACAUGCAGCUGUUUCCGGCGCCGGGUCACACCUGCUUGA